CAUGAAACUGCUGCUUACAUUAAAAAUAUUCCAUAUAAUUUUCAACUGGUAUAUCGAACAUGUAAUCCUGUUGAUUGGACUCCUUUAUUUCCGGAAUUUAUCUUAGUGAACGACGUCUCUUCUAUAAACUUAGGAAAAUCACAACGUCUGUCUUCAUUUUACACGUCGCCAAAGGAACCUUCCUUUCGCAACCCUGAUUACGACCUUUCCUUUUCAACUACCCGAACAAAACCGGGCUUAUACACGUACUUUGGAAAGAAUUUAAUAAUAUGGAAGGUUUGCUAA